AUGAAACUGUAAAAGUUUUGUAAGCGGGAUUUUUAUUUAUUUCCUCAAGUCCUUUUUUCAUGUGCUUGCUUCAAAAUUACCGGAAACGUGUUUUAUGGUUUUACAAGUUAGUAUAACCUCACUCUGUUGGUGGCGCUAGUGUCGCACCACCUGUCAAACGUCAAACCCAGCUGAGUGUUUUUAUUUUUCGUGCUAGAAUUACACAACGUGGUAAAAUUUUCUCUAGAUAAAAACGUGCAGUUUAUUUUUAAAAUGAAAACACGGUUCAACACCUUUGAUAUUAUUUGCACCGUCACAGAACUCCAAAAAUGUGUCGGUAUGCGAGUAAACAACGUCUACGAUAUUGACAAUAAGACUUAUCUCAUAAGACUCCAAAGAAGUGAGGAAAAAGCGGUGAUUUUGCUCGAAUCUGGAAAUAGGUUUCACGAGACUGGAUUUGAAUGGCCUAAGAAUGUCGCACCUUCAGGAUUCAGUAUGAAGUUGAGGAAGCAUUUGAAAAAUAAACGUUUAGAGUCCUUAAUUCAACUUGGAACAGACAGAAUUGUUGAUUUUCAAUUUGGUUCAGGUGAAGCUGCGUAUCAUGUUAUUUUAGAAUUGUAUGAUAAGGGAAAUAUCAUAUUAACUGAUUUCGAAUUUACGAUAUUAAAUGUUCUACGGCCACAUACUGAGGGCGAUAGGUUUAAGUUUGUGGUGAGGGAAAAAUACCCACAAGAUAGAGCCAGACAGAGUAGUUUGAUCACAAGAGAUGAACUGGUUCAACUUUUGAAGACAGCAAAAAGUGGAGAUCAAUUAAAAAAAGUUCUCGUUCCUAAUUUAGAAUAUGGCCCUCCUCUUAUUGAGCACCUUUUACUUAAACAAGGUUUUUCAAAUAGCACUAAAAUUGGAAAAACAUUUUCGAUUGAAAGUGAUGUUGAUAAGGUUUUAUGCGCGCUUGAAGAAGCUGAAAAUCUUUUCACAGACGCCAAAAAAACAGCUUUUAAGGGUUAUGUAAUUCAAAAAAAGGAAGAAAGAAUAGUCAGUGCUGACAACCCUGAAAAAGAGUAUUAUUAUUCAAAUCAGGAGUUUCACCCAAUACAGUAUGAACAACAUAAGUCGUCAAUUUUCAAAGAAUUUCCUUCAUUUAACUCAGCUGUUGACGAAUUUUUUUCAUCUUUGGAAAGUCAAAAACUGGAACUAAAAGCACUGCAACAAGAACGGGAAGCUUUGAAAAAAUUGGAAAAUGUGAAAAAGGAUCACAGUCAGAGGUUACGUGUCCUAGAAAAAACACAAGAAAUUGAUAAACAAAAAGCUGAACUUAUUACGAGGAAUCAAGAACUUGUUGAUAAGGCUAUUUUGGCAGUCCAGACGGCUUUGGCCACCCAGAUUUCGUGGUCUGAUUUGGCUGAUUUGAUCAAAGAAGCUGCGUCACAAGGCGAUGAAAUCGCGCAACGUAUCAAAAAAUUAAAACUGGAAACUAAUCAUAUUAGCUUGUAUCUUACUGACCCUUACGCUGAAGAUAAUAGUGAGUUAGACGAAGAAACAACUGACGACUAUAAAAUACCACCAAUGGUGGUCGAUGUAGAUUUAGCUUUGUCGGCUUUUGCCAACGGAAGACGAUAUUAUGACCAAAAACGAAAUGCGGCUAAAAAACAACAAAAAACAAUAGAGUCACAAAGUAAGGCAUUUAAGUCGGCUGAAAAGAAAACCAAACAAACUCUGAAAGAUGUGCAAACAAUAACAAAUAUCAAUAAAGCUCGUAAAGUGUAUUGGUUUGAAAAAUUUUUCUGGUUUAUAAGCUCGGAAAAUUACUUGGUUAUAGCUGGGCGAGACCAGCAACAAAACGAGUUGAUUGUCAAACGAUACAUGAAGUCUACUGAUGUCUAUGUGCAUGCUGAUGUCCAUGGUGCUAGUAGUGUUGUUAUAAAAAAUCCAUCGGGUCAAGCAGUUCCACCUAAAACCUUGAAUGAAGCUGGAACUAUGGCUAUUUGUUACAGUGUCGCUUGGGACGCUAAAGUCGUAACGAACGCUUAUUGGGUGUGGGGAGAGCAAGUUAGUAAAACAGCACCAACUGGAGAGUAUUUAAGUUCCGGUAGUUUCAUGAUUAGGGGCAAGAAAAACUUUCUGCCUCUGUCCCAUUUGAUCUUAGGUCUAAGUUUUUUAUUUAAAUUGGAAGAGAGUUGCAUCGAAAAACAUAAGGAUGAAAGAAGAGUCAUCGCACCUGGUGAAGAUGAUUUUAUAGAGAGUGAAAGUAAGGAAGAAGUAGAAGUGGAAGUGGUUGAUGAAAGUGAUGAGGAAAAUAAGGAAGAAGUGCAAGGUGUAUCAGAGGAUCAAAAGGAUGUUGAAAAUGAGGAAAAUAGUAGCUCGUCCGAGGAUGAGGAAACUUCCAAGUUUCCAGAUACUCAAAUCAAAAUUCAACAUUUUGAGGGAACCAAAAUAAACAUAUUAACAGAGCCUGUGAUAAACAAUGAUGAAGCCGAUGAGAAUGAAACUGUUGUAUAUUUAGGAGACAAUAAACCGGUUGUGAUUAAGCUUAAUCAAAGAUCAAGAAAUACCAGUGAAUCUAAAACGAAACAACAGAAAAAUGACUCUAAAAGUGAACGCAAAGAAGAAGCAAAUAACAAACAAACUAAAAGAGGACAAAAAAGCAAAUUGAAAAAAAUAAAGGAAAAGUAUAAAGACCAAGACGAGGAAGAACGCAAAUUACGAAUGGAAAUCCUUCAAUCGGCUGGAACGCAAAAAGAGCCAAAGAAAAAUAAGAAAAACAAAAAUUCCAACAAAGUCAAAAAGCCUGAUCAACCCAAAAUAAUCAAAGAAAAAAUACUAUCAAUACAAAAGUCCGAAGUGAUCGACGAUGGAGGAGUUGAAGAUGAGGAACCUGUCGUUCAAGCUGAGCUUGAUAUGAUUAAUUCUCUGACGGGUAUUCCUUUUGCCGAUGAUGAAUUAUUAUUUGCGGUACCAGUAGUGGCCCCAUACAACGCUUUGACUAAUUAUAAAUUUAAGAUUAAGAUAACCCCUGGAACCAGUCGAAGAGGCAAAGCAGCACGCACCGCUGUCAACAUGUUCCUCAAAGACAGGAGUAUAACCCCCCGUGAGAAAGAUCUACUAAAGGCUGUCAAAGACGAACAACUUCCACGAAAUCUGCCUGGAAAAGUCAAACUUUCAGCACCCAAACUUCAAACUCUUCGGAAAUAAUUUAUAUUUUUGAAAUUUUCAAAGGUUAAUAUAACUUUAAUUAUU